AAGCCACGUCUUCCACUGGUACCGCAGCCUGCAGGGGUGGUUGUUGUUGUGGCUCCCCCCUCCAGUGCACGCCGCGUUUUCUCCCUUUUACAUGUUGAUAAAACAGCCUGAUAUAGAUUUUCCUUCACAUAAAGGAGACCCAGAAAGGACACAGACGCCCUAUAUCCUUAUUCCAAUGGUUUAACCAUCUGAAAGCAUCCCAUUAUCCUGCUGCUGCGCUUCACAUCGACCUUGAUUAUGAAGCAUCGAGACUGCACCAUGCUGGCAUCCUCCUGUUACUAAUGUGGACCUGAUUCACCACAAGAGCCCGAGCAUCGUUUUUAGCAUUACUGCCCAACAUGCAUCCAUAUUCUCUUUUUCGUCUCGGUGCAUAGAAAGCAUGACAGAAGACAAACCGAAGCGAAGCUUGUCACUGAAAAAGAAGAAAGGUGAUGCUAAAGCUGGGACUUCUUCUACAACCAAAACCCCGAUCACCAACUUCUUCAGCAGCCAACCUCCACCGAACCUGGCCUGUCCCCUCUGUGGACAAUUAGUCCCAAGAUUCAAGAUCAAUGAUCAUAUCGAUUUGCAGUGUCAGAACUUUGAUAGAGGAGACAGCACUGCAGCUUCUGGAGGUAGGAAUGAUUAUUCAGGGCUCCAGCUGUCACCUGCAGGCAAUCUGUCAAAGUCCCCUGAGACGGACCAGAAAGAGGACACAAAAACUAAAACGAGUCCUUAUUUUAAGAAGAAUAACCCCCAGCAAACUCCACGGGACAUAAACAAUAAAACUGUGGUCAGAACCAUUGACCUAGGAAGUCUGUCUUCAAAGUUAUCCAGAAAAUAUCACAAGAAACAUGCAGAAGUUAGCAACACAUCUGAUCCGAUGAGCUCCGCGGAGUCGACCAGCAGCUCCCAAAAGGAAAAUGUCCAGACAUUAGAAGACCACAAUGAUUGCAUUUCAGCAGUGACGGAAGCUCCAUCACCUGUAGAAAAACAAUCAGAUCAAUCAAUGGUUUCAUCUAAACAGCCACCUUCACCUGCCAAGCAAACGAAGAGAAAAAAGAAAGCCACCUUUAGCGUCAAGGGGUCUCUUAUCAGGAAGAAAGCGAAAUAUGAAGGUGGUGGUGGAGAGGCACCAUCUUGUCUUGAUCCAGAGGACACAAAUACAGAAGGACAGGGAUCUGACAAGCCUUUCAGUUCAGAGGAAUUGUCUGAGAAGAGUGAUGCAGAUGUAAAGGUAGAAACCUCUGAUGCCCAAUCGCUUCCCUACUACCUGCGUAACUUCCGGACCGUGCUGCACGCUGUGCUGGAGAACGAGGACGACAGGAUGCUCUUCAACCAGGAGGACAUGUCCGCCGUACAUGGAUUUCAGAGCUUGUCAGUUAUGGCUCAGAAGCUGUAUGUGAGGCUCUUUCAGAGGAAACUGAAGUGGCUCCAGGUAAAUAAACUGGAUUAUGGAGAGAUCUGCAGUGAUCUGGGAUCUGUUGCUCAGGAACUGGCUCAAAUAGGUUUUCUACAAACAGAAAAGGACCUGGAGGAUCUCUUGGAGGCUCUGGAUCUGCUGCCGGCUCCUGAACUCAAAGCUCUUGCUAAAACUUUCCAUCUGGGCAGUUCUGGCACCCAAAAACAGCAGCUGGUUGACGGGCUUCUCCGUCUGAGCAGGCAGAAGUCUUUCUUCUCUGCGGCCUCCAGUCAGAGCAAAGUUGGGACAGUUAUUCUGAAACGGGCGAAGCAGCUUGCAGGCUCCUGUGUGCGCCUGUCUCGCGGGCCUCGGGCCGUCUUCUCCCGCAUCCUGCUGCUCUUCUCUUUGACGGACACGAUGGACGAGGAGGAAAUGGCGGCUGGAGGUCAGAAUCAGCUUUUCACCAUCCUGUUGGUGAACUCAGGUCGUCUGGCCUUUCCGGACUACGCCGUGCAGCGAGAGGCCAAAGUGUUUCGAGAUAGAGAGGAUCUCAUCAGGUAUGAAGCGUCCAUGCGCGCCCUUAUAGAGGUCACCGUGGCGAUGCAGGGGGGUCAGUGGGAUCAGGCCCUGCAGCUUUACACCUCUGCCAAAAAAACCUGGAUUGAGCUCAGCAGCAACCACGACCUGAGUCACCAGGAAGAGCUGCCAGUGUUCCUCCGCAGCUUCACUACAGGAUGGGCUUACACACGGAUCUUAUCCAGAGGAGUGGAGAUUUUACAAAGGCUGCGUCGCUAUGAGGAAGCAGCAGAAGAGCUGCAGGCCCUACUGAAGCAGAGCGUUUACUGUCCUGACAGCCGGGGCCGAUGGUGGGACAGGCUGGCUCUCAACUUUCACCAGCACCUCAAAAAACCUGAUCAAGCUAUCUGUGCUAUGAGAGACGGGCUGUCGGAUCCUCUGGUGCGCACAGGACACAAACUCUCCCUCCACCAGAGAGCUCUCCGGAUGAAAGACGCUCCCAGCUGCAAAAAGUACCGGCUCCAACUCAGAGAGCUUCCUGCUGUCCAAAUUCAAGACGUUAAACAUGUGACCAUUCGGGGUCAGCUGUUUCCUCACGAAGGCGGCAUGGGGAAAUCUAGAUUUCUUUUACCAGAAAGUGAAGAAGGAGACGGGAGUGCUCACUCUACUGUAAUAUGCUCUGUAGAAGAGCUUAGUUUGGCCCAUUACCGACAACUAGGCUAUGACCAAGGAAUCCAUGGAGAAGGAUCAACAUUCUCAACCUUGUUUGGUCUCCUGAUGUGGGACAUUAUCUUUAUGGAAGGUAUUCCAGACGUCUUCAGAAACCCAUACCAGACUUGUCCUCUGGAUUUUUACACCGACUGUUUCUAUGAAAACAGACGGGAAGCCAUCGUCUCUCGCGUUCAGUUGCUCUGUGAAGCUUCUGUGGAAACGCUGUGUGCCAUGCUGGAAGAUGUCUGGACAUCUCAGGAAGGGAAAGUGUGUUCGCUGGUCAGCUGGGAGCGCUUCUCGUCCCUCCAACAGGCACAGUCUCUGAUUGCAUGUCUCGGCGGAGCCUUCCUUGGUGGAGUGACUGACCGAAUGGCAAAAGACUACAGACACUGCAGAGGAGGUUUGCCUGACCUCGUUGUGUGGAACACCUCAAACAACACUUAUAAGCUGGUGGAGGUGAAAGGGCCCAACGAUCGUCUGUCUCAGAAGCAGCAGAUCUGGUUGGAUGAGCUGCAGAAACUCGGGGCCGACGUCGAGGUGUGUCACGUGACGGCCACCGGAGCCAGAGGAGCUCGUCUGGAGGAAAUAAGCAAAUAAGAUUCUACUGAGACACGUUUAUCUGCCAAAACAGAAACAUCCUGGCAACACGCUCCUAAAAGGAAAAAGAAAUGUUUGUGUAAUCUCUCCCACUGAUUAUUGCUGAAGAAUAUUUUGAUCUGUACUCAAAAAAUUUAAAUGGAAAACUUUAACUUUUAGGUUGUUCAUCAUAAGUUUUCUUAUUUGAUGUAUUUCUGGUGUCUUCCCUCAUCUGCAUCAUAACUUCUAAUGAGUUAAUUGCGUUUAUCGUAUAGUCCCAGUCAGAAGUUUACAUACACUCAUCUUGCUGUGUAUAUUUGAGCAUUUAAGCAUUUAUUUGAAUUCUUUAUUUUAGUGGCUAAACAACCUUUUUUGAUUCUUAAGGACUUGAAUCUAUAUGUGAUUAAGUGUGGUUUAGUUGGUUGCAGAGUAAACACACAUUUUUUGAAGACAUCACAUUGCAAAAACAAAAUCUUACCAAGUAUAUUUGGUUUAGGUUCUAGUAC